AUGAGCCGUAGCGCCAAACUCGCCCCGGAAGCCAACAGGAUCCUCUUUGUGAAGAAUCUCAGCUACAACGUCACCGCGGAGGAGCUCUUUGACCUCUUUGGCAAAUUCGGGCCCAUCCGCCAGAUACGCCAGGGCAUCGCCGCCAACUCCAAGGGCACCGCGUUCGUGGUCUACGAAGACGUCACCGAUGCAAAGCAGGCCUGCGACAAGCUGAACGGCUUCAACUUCCAGAACCGCUACCUCGUCGCAGUGCUAUAUCACCAGCCAGAGAAGAUGGUCAGGUCAAAAACGGACCUCGCCGCGCGCCAGGAGAACCUCGAACGGCUCAAGCUGCAGCACGGCAUCGAUUGA